GCAAGUUUAUUUCAACUAAAGGCUGACAAACAGGUAGAUGGGGAGAGAGUGAGAGAAAGAGAGAGGAGUGAGGGAGAGAGAAAGAGGGGAUUUGAUUGACAGCCAGAGUGUCCGGAGACUGAGAAGUGGAGAAUGUACAUGCAGACCGUUUAUAUAGUGAGCGCCCGGGGCGCUUGCUGCUCAGUUCAUUAAUAAGCCGUGAGACGCAGGAGCGGUGCGGCGGAGCUGAAGAGGUACCGUAGCCGGGACGAACUCCCAGACUGAAGACAGUCACUCCUCCUGGAAACACCAGCUUCAGCCGUUUUAACCUUCCGAAUCGGCAUUUUCACGCACGCCACGCGUAUCUGCUACACUUUCACUCUUGGCUUUUGUUUAAGUCUUGCGGUAACUUUGCCCACGCAGCGGGCGACGAUGCAUUGCCAAGCCGAGUUAAGGCUCUCUUCUCCCGGGCAGCUGAAAGCAGCCAGGCGGCGCUACAAGACUUUUAUGAUUGACGAAAUACUAUCUAAGGAGACCUGCGAUUACUUUGAGAAACUUUCCUUGUAUUCAGUGUGUCCUUCUCUCAUCGUCCGACCCAAACCCCUUCAUUCAUGUUCCGGCUCCUCCGUCCGGGGUUACCCGCUCCUGUCUGUCAUCACACGGCAGCCCCCCAGCAUACCUCACCUGUCCCAGCCCUCGCCCCCGUACUCCCUGGCCUCCCCUCAUUCGCACCCUGGCGAGCCGCUCUGCAGCGAGACCCCCGUCAGCGUUAGCAGUGAGUCGGAGGCAGAGCACGGCGCCCCCCGGCUGAAGAAACCACGCAGGAGCCGCACCAUCUUCACCGAGCUGCAGCUCAUGGGCCUGGAGAAGAAGUUCCAGAAGCAGAAGUACCUCUCCACCCCUGACAGGCUGGACCUCGCCCAGUCGCUGGGCCUCACGCAGCUACAGGUCAAGACUUGGUAUCAGAACCGACGCAUGAAGUGGAAGAAAAUAGUCCUCAAAGGGGGACAGGAAGCCCCCACCAAGCCCAAAGGUAGGCCGAAGAAGAACUCCAUCCCCACCACGGAGGAGAUUGAGGCAGAGGAGCGUCUGGCCCGGCUGGCGGUGGAGGAGAGGGCCCACAAAAGCGCAGCGUGCAGGGGGGACAGCCCGCACUCGGAACCCCAGGAUCUGAGCAUGGUGGGGGGCACAGAGCCGCGUGGCACAGCACCAGCGGGGGAGCACGUGUCAGAGCCAGUACCGUCGCAGCAGACAGACACGUGUGCGGCGAGUUAAGGGCGCGGACUGGGGCAGAUCCGGUACCCAUGAGCACUUGCUGCCGAGAGCACUACCAAAGUGACCUGCUGCGCUUCAGACGGCCGGCCAGGUUUGAACUGGGGCGAGGGGGCAAGAUUUUUACACCUUACAGUACAGUAAUUCUUGCAAAAAACAGAAACCAAAAUAUCGCACUGCAUCCACAAAGGGAUCAGCUAUACCUCCCAUGCCAGUGCCCUGAAUGCCAUACAGCCAGUGUCCCUUCUGUUGUGAGAAACAGUCGCAAGUCCCCCCCCCCCCGUUAUGUCAGCUUGUAAAUAUUGCAUGUCUUUGUCCGUCCGUGUGUGUUUUUACACACUGUGCAUUUGUAAAAUCUUUACACUGGUAAAGGUGCCUUUAGGUAGAGCGGUUUUAAAAAUUUUCCGAUACCAAAGCGAGUCUAAAAAAAAAAAAACAUAAUUAAAAUAUUUCAGAAAUUAUACCUUUUAUAUAACAUUUUGACUUUUUUGUGUGAAGCUCAGUUUUCAGUGAUCUCUUUAAAAACUGAACGGGCAAAGGCACAUGAGAAAUGAAAUGGAAUGUGUAACAUGAUGAAUUAUUAAUGCAGUUUCCCCAAGUGCAACUUCACACAGCUUUUUCGGUAUUGUGUCUUUGACAGUUCUCGUGCCAGUGUUUUAAUGAGACCCUAACAUUAACCAGGAAGUAUCCAGUAAUUCUGAUUUACUGCGUUUCCAUAUUAAUAUCAGUUCAGUAGUAUCUGGCAAAGUACCGAUAUCGGCGUGAGCAGACAGCCGCUCCGGCACAGUACCUGUAAUAAAGGUGUUUUCUAUGGAACAAACUACGUAAUUUAAAAAAUAUGCAUUUGGAAAGUAUUUCAUUUUGAUCCGGCUGAAAGAAAAAGUGUUGCGUUGCCUUUGUGUUGGUUGUUUUGACACUGCGCUGAUUGUAUUGCCAAGAGGAAAGAUUCUUAAGCUGUCAGAGACCCAGAAAAGAAUAAAUCUCCUCCCCCCCCCCCCCCCCCCCCCCCCCUGCCAGUGGAGCAGAGAAACUGCCAAACAUUUGAAAACAUUUUAAAGAUGUUUUCAGCCUUCGGGCCCCGACAUGAGCACCCUACUUUAAACCCCCUUGUCUAUGAAUGACAGACGGACUCUUGCCUGAAUAAAAAUGUUUCACCUGCUUGCCAGCACUUCUAUUUUCCGGUUUGGAAACCAUUUAUUUUCUUUUUUUAAAUAUUCCUAUUUGUAAAAAUAAAACAUUUCGGAAAGAAGGUCUAUUUUUGUUUCAUAUAAAGCCGUGUAAUAUUUUUCUGAUGUAAAUACUGUGCUUGUCGGGAAAAUUUAAUGACUUGUUUUGGAAUGAACAAUUACAACUGUUUGCUGAAAAUGUACUAUUUUGUUCCAGAAUGCUAUGAUGUAAUUUCUAUUGUACAUGAGUGACUGUUUGCAUAUUUAAAUACAUUUAAUAAAAUUGCAUAUCAAAA